AUACCUACGUGAUUUUCCCGAAAGAGUCUGGGUUAAUGCAGUCACGAAAGCUUCAAAUCAAGAUUCUUCAUGAUCUUAUCAACUCAAUGGGAUUUUAAUGAGACUUGAGGAUGGAGAGAGGAAUCCGAUAAGCCGUGAAGCUCUUUGUCGCACGUGUUCGAGUGUUGAAGGGGUCCUUGUCUAAAAAACAAGAAUUCUACUAAAUUUUUAUUUUUAUUUUACUGCUAAACAUUGCACAGGUUUGAACAGUGUCUUCCGGAAGACAUAUUCUGACAUAGGAAGAUAUCUUCCGAAAAAGGAAGAAGUCUUCUGAAGGAGAAAGACAACUUCCUAGUAAGGAAGACGUCAUCCUUUUUCGGAAGACAUCUUUUGAAGGAAGAUAUCUUCCGAAACAGGAAGCUAUCUUCUAAAAAAGGAAGACAUCUUCUGAAAAAGGAAGACGUCUUUGGAAGCGGGAAGACAUUUUCCGAUAAGGGAAGACGUCUUCUGACAACAGACACCUUCUGAAAAUGCCUUCUUUUAGGAGAACAAAAAACGGAAGUGGAUCUUCUGGAAGAGGAAGAUUUGUCCGGGAAGACGCUUCUGGAAGCGGUAGUAAUCUUCUGGAAACAUCUUCUGGAAGGGGAAGACGAAAAGGAGACUUUAAAAAAAAACAGCGUCCGUGGCUUGGCAUGGAGAGUCGAUGCCGAGCUGUGAACGUGAAGGUGGAAAACUCGCAGAGACUCAGGGAGCGUCUGGAAAGUAGCGGUCUCCUUCAUCCCUCGCUGAGGCCUCGGCGCCAGGUGAGCGGCAGGCUUCUCCUGCCGCUGGCGGAGGAGGCCGAGCGACGCGAUUGGCUGCCGCUGCGGCUGGUGCUGCAGGAGGCGGGGCUGUCGUCGGCGGACGACUUCGAUUGGCCAACACCGGGCGACGGGUUGGAGGACCAAGGGGAGACGCUCGCACGCGAUUGGUGGUUGAGCUCCGUGAGCGUCGCCGCUCCGUCUCCCCGGGGCCCCCGGCGCCAACGAGGCCGCCCGGCUUCCUCGCGGCUCGUCCACGCUCUGCGCUCACUCGCCGGGCGCAAGCUCCGUGGGAACGACGCAGAGCUCCGUGGGAACGACUCGGAGCUCCGUGGGAACGCCGCGGAGCUCCGUGGGGGGGGCGACGACGCGGAGCUCUGGGCUCGGGAGGUGCCGAGCCGCUACGAGCGGCACGGAGACCUGGUGGUGCUGCCCAGCGGCGCCUUUGUCUCUGACUACUGGAGGCAGCUGGAGCCCGAGCUGUGGGCCGUGGUAGCGAGCGUGCUGGGCGCGAGCCGGGUGGCACGCUGCCAGCGCGUGGCUCCAGACGCCUUCCGCAGCCCCCGCACGCAGCUCCUGCUGGGGGAGCACGGCCACGUGGAGCACUGUGACAACAACAUCACGUACGAGUAUGACGUGACACUCUGCAUGUUCUCCAAGGGGAACGUCUCUGAGAAGCUCUACCUGGCCUCGCUCGACUGCCGCGGAGAGACGAUCGUAGACCUGUACGCAGGCAUCGGCUACCUGACGCUGCCGCUGCUGGUGCACGCCGGGGCGGCCAUGGCCGUGGCGUGCGAGUGGAGCCCCCACGCGGUGGCAGCGCUCCACGCCAACCUCGACCGCAAUGGCGUGGCCGGGCGCUGCACGGUGCACCCAGCGGACAACCAGACGCUUCGCGAGCGAGGCUUUGCGGACCGCGUGCUCCUGGGGCUGCUGCCGUCGUCCCGGCCCGGCUGGGGUCUCGCUUGUGCGCUCUUGCGGCCGGACCGCGGUGGGAUCCUGCACAUCCAUCACAACGUCGCCUCAGUGCCCACAAAGCCCCCGUUGGCACUGCCACGCAGCGCCACUGACGUGACCUCACUUCCUGCCGACCACAGCGGCACAGAAGUGAUGUCACUUCCUGCCGACCACAGCGGCACAGAAGUGAUGUCACUUCCUGCCGACCACAGCGGCACUGAAGUGACGUCACUUCCUGCCGACCACAGCGGCACAGAAGUGAUGUCACUUCCUGCCGACCACAGCGGCACAGAAGUGACGUCAUUUCCUGCCGACCACAGCGACACUGAAGUGACGUCACUUCUUGCCGACCACAGCGGCACAGAAGUGACGUCACUUCCUGCCGACCACAGCGGCACAGAAGUGACGUCACUUCCUGCCGACCACAGCGGCACUGAAGUGACGUCACUUCCUGCCGACCACAGCGGCACUGAAGUGACGUCACUUCCUGCCGACCACAGCGGCACAGAAGUUACGUCACUUCCUGCCGACCACAGCGACACUGAAGUGACGUCACUUCCUGCCGACCACAGCGGCACAGAAGUUACGUCACUUCCUGCCGGCCACAGCGACACUGAAGUGACGUCACUUCCUGCCGACCACAGCGACACUGAAGUGAUGUCACUUCCUGCCGACCACAGCGACACAGAAGUGACGUCACUUCCCGUCGCCGCAACCUCCCCGGCCGUCUCGGGGGUGCCGGCGUGCGAGUGCGGCACCGGGGCCGAGGAGGGGCGGGUCGCGUGCGCGUGCGGCAGCGCCCGCCCCGCGUGGCGAGCCUUCGCCCGCGACGCCGUCCGUGAGGUGCGGGCCCUGCUGCUCGCCGCGCACGCGCGGGGGGGCAGGGGGGUGGGGGCCUGGUGCGUGCGCACGGUGCGGGUGGCGCGCGUCAAGAGGUACGCGCCCCGCGUCGACCACAUGGUCGUCGACUUGCAUUGCAGGCCGCUCACGUGAACCUCCGGGCCCCCCACGUGACCCCCCCGGACCCCCACGUGACCCCCACGGCCACACACGUGACCCUGGCCCCCUAGUCUGCUUUGAGGCUCUUCGUACGUCCGUCGGUCCGUUUCUUGGUCGGUCGUUGAGGGUGGUAGUAGCAUAGCGAUGGUGGUAGUGGUUUAGCGAUGGUGGUGGUGGUUUAGCGAUGGUGGUGGUGGUUUAGCGAUGGUAGAAGCUGAUCCAGGCCCGGCCUGCCCGUCAGCUGCCAACUGCCUCCCUCCCCCGAUGACGCCGCUGCUAUUGUGUAAAAACAUUGGCAAUGCAAUGAGAGUGAAGUGAAAAUAAAAGUUCUUCUCACCUCC